AUGCAGAUCUUUCGAAACUGGCUACGCAUGCUUGCCGGCGGGGAGCCCGGCUGGGCAAGCAGUGGGACAGAAGAGGAUUUCAAGGCAGACAAUGAGGCAGAAGUGUACAGCAAGUGGAAUCGCCACUGCAGACAAUGCCCACAGGGUCAAAAGGCGCUGAAGUUUUGGGGAGGGAUGGACAGCGUUUUGGGGAAGGCAGCUGUGGGCCUGCUGGGCGUGGCAGUGGCUUUGGGUGUAUUCAGGACAGCGAAUCCACACGUGGCGGUGGUCGCCUCAGUGGCUGCUGGGGUGGUGGUUCUAGUCCACCUUGUGAUGCAGAGACUCUGCAACAAGCAUAUCACAGACCUGCAAUACACCGGCAUGCCAGAGGUUAUCAGUGGGUGCCUUGAGACAUUGUCACUUGAGUGGUGGGUGUGUAGUUUGGCUGCAGGAGAAUAUGACUGA